UGCGCACAUUUAUCAUAUCGCCUCAUUAGAUAAAUUGCGAAUGCGAACAAAAAACAAAGCCCUGGCUCGACACUGGUUUUGUCGCCUUAUCAGCUAAUGAUUACAAAGCAAAUAUGUGCGUUCCCCGUUGUCAGCCCCGAGUCUGACCCAUGCCCGGAUGUCCUAUCAAUUCGGUGGCCAGUAGUUCAGGUUAGUCGGCUCUGUCAGUUCGUCAGAGAACGGCUGUCUUCGAGAAGUUUUUCAAUUCCAAUCAGGAAUUAACACCCGAGUUCAACAUGGCCCCUGCCAUAAACGCGACGGUCAGCACCCCUUUUGACUCCACCACGGUGGCGAACGGAACACUUAACACCACUGGAAGUACGAAUUCGGGUUGGGAAUACGUUAACACCACUCCCGUCACAAUUUGGAUCAACGGUGGCGGCUACGAUCCAUACAUGUUCUUUUACCCCAGCUAUGUCAUUUACAUUGUGCUGGUCUUCCUCUUCGUCAUCGCCUUUCCUCUGGCCAUGAUUAUGAGCGCCAAACGCAAGCGAGAGGCCAAUGCGCGGAAUCUCGCCCAGCAGAGACAACGAGCCCGUCGCCAAAUGGAGAUCAAUGUGACGAACAAUUGCAACGGCGGCUCCGGAGGAGUCGGAAACGUGUGCUCAAACAGCCAGGACGAAGUCAGUGUGUUGCCCAAGACCUUGGAUUUGCCGCCCACGUACGACGAGGCCGCUUUUAGCGAGCGAAAGCAGGACAGCACACUGACCAUAGCCACCACCUUGGAAGCGAGCAAUCCCAAUUUGGCGGUUGGAAUUAACGAACCACCGCCGGUUUACGAGGCGAAUGUGGCCACAACUACCACGUCCACCACCACCACCGUAUUUUUGGUCAACGGUCAACCACCGGUGGUGUAACUAAGCAUUGGGCUUCUGAGAAAAAGUAAAUUUAUUAUUAUUUAUACACUAAACAAGACACUGUACAGCUUUGUCUUUGUAAAUAAACUCUGCGCCUCGACAACUCUUUAAUUUUGCAUAAAUUAUAAAACCCAUUGGGGUAAAUAAAUAAACAAACGUAUUCUGCAUAUUAUUAAAGUUUUCUAGUCAAAAACUUAGCUUAGCAUAGAUGAAUUUCGUAAUUUUGCAGGAUUUUAUGAUAUGCAUAUGAAAACACUUUUCUGGUCGAAAACUAUGAUAUGCAAAUAAAAUGAGUAAACGAUGCGUAAUAAGUCUUGAGUAUUGAAAAUAAUAUCAAGAACCAAAUCCGCAACCAAACUAAACGAAAAC